UUCCGCACGUGUUUCAUCCUGUCGCUGUACCUGGAUCCUCCCUGCGCCUGGAGAAUCGGUCGGGCCUGGACUCCCAUCAGCCGUAAGGAUGAAGGCGAGAAGAAAUAAAAAACAGGUCCCAAGCUUUCGGAAAUUGAUAAAAACCAGUAAAGUCAAGCUUGAAAACAAGCUUAAAAAUAAACAAUUUAAACAACAAAGCACCCUCAAGAAGUAUCGAAAAGAACAGAGGAAACUAAGGCAAGCUGUAAAAGAUGCUGUGUCUAAGAAGCCCAUUCCACUGGAGGACCCAAAAGGAAAACGACCAGUUAAGCGGAUUGAGAGGGAAGAGGAAGAAGAGGAGGAAGCGCUUCCUUUAGAUAUGAUGGAUGAAGAUGACUUACAGUUAUUGAAGGAUCUAGGACAAAGAGCAUCUUUUCUAACAAGAGAUCUUUCUUCUAGUGAACCUGUUCAUGCCAAGAAACGAAAACAUGAACAUGUUAUAGAUAAAUAUGAAAAAAUACCAAGAACUCUGCAAACUGCACCAGAGAAGGAACUGAUUCACUUGCUUCCUAUCAAAGAUAAAAGUGGUAUAAUUCCACAGACCAGGGAGAAACCAGUUAUUGAAAGUAACCAAGAAGAAGAGGUUCAAGAAGAGAUGGAACUUGAAGAAGAAAUUAUUGAAGAGCCCAUUAGAGAGCUGACAUUAGAAGAACAUUUAAUUGAGAGAAAGAGGAAACUUCAGGAAAAGAAAAUGCAUAUUGCAGUCUUGGCAUCUGCCAUAUUAUCAGAUCCUGAAAGUAAUAUUAAGAAAUUGAAAGAAUUACGUUCCAUGCUAAUGGAACAGGAUCCUGAUGUAGCUGUUACAGUUCGAAAGCUGGUGGUAAUUUCUCUGAUGGAAUUAUUUAAAGAUAUUACUCCUUCAUAUAAAAUCCGACCCCUCACAGAAGCAGAAAAAUCUACCAAGACCCGCAAGGAAACUCAAAAGCUAAGAGAGUUUGAAGAAGGCUUGGUUAGCCAAUAUAAAUUUUAUUUAGAGAAUCUGGAACAAAUGGUUAAAGACUGGAAGCAAAGGAAGCUGAAGAAAAGUAAUGUCCUUUCCUUAAAGGCCUACAAAGGCCUGGCUGAGGUGGCUGUGAAGAGCCUAUGUGAACUCUUGGUGGCCCUACCUCAUUUCAACUUUCACAACAACAUCAUUGUAUUGAUCGUCCCUCUCAUGAAUGACAUGUCAAAAGUGAUAUCUGAAAUGUGUUGUGAGGCAGUUAAAAAACUCUUUAAACAAGAUAAAUUAGGCCAAGCUUCCCUUGGUGUGAUUAAAGUGAUUUCUGGUUUUGUGAAGGGCAGAAAUUAUGAAGUUAGGCCAGAGAUGUUAAAAACUUUCUUGUGCCUAAGAAUCAAGGAAGUAGAACUGAAAAAAGAUACUGAGGACAUUAAUAAACCAAAAAAGUUCAUGACUUUCAAAGAAAAGAGAAAAACACUGUCAAGAAUGCAGAGAAAGUGGAAGAAAGCAGAAGAGAAAUUAGAGCGAGAGCUUCGGGAGGCAGAAGCUUCAGAGAGUACUGAGAAGAAACUUAAACUGCACACAGAAACUUUGAAUAUUGUGUUUGUAACCUACUUCAGAAUACUGAAGAAGGCCCAGAGAUCACCUCUCCUGCCAGCAGUUCUAGAAGGUCUUGCCAAGUUUGCUCACCUUGUAAAUGUGGAGUUUUUCGAUGAUUUAUUAGUAGUUUUACAUACUCUCAUUGAGUCUGGUGACUUAAGCUAUCAAGAGAGUCUUCACUGUGUCCAGACUGCUUUUCACAUUCUUUCUGGGCAAGGUGAUGUUCUGAAUAUCGAUCCAAUGAAAUUCUAUACACAUCUUUACAAAACAUUGUUUAAGUUACAUGCAGGCGCUACCAAUGACGGCGUCGAGACUGUUCUCCAAUGCCUUGAUGUCAUGCUAACUAAGCGCAGAAAGCAGGUUUCUCAGCAGCGAGCCCUUGCCUUCAUUAAGCGCCUCUGCACCCUUGCUCUACAUGUUCUUCCAAAUUCAAGCAUUGGCAUUUUAGCAACAAACAGAGUAUUAAUGCAUACUUUUCCCAAAACCGAUCUGUUGCUUGACAAUGAAUCUCAGGGAAGUGGGGUCUUCCUCCCAGAGCUGGAUGAACCCGAAUACUGUAAUGCUCAGAAUACUGCUCUUUGGGAAUUGCAUGCACUGAGGAGACAUUACCAUCCCAUAGUGCAGAGGUUUGCAGCUCACCUGAUGGCUGGCGCUCCUUUGGAAGGCUCUGAAGCACUCAAGCCGGAGUUGAGCCGAAGGUCGGCUGUAGAACUCUUUGAGAUGUAUAGUAUGGCAGCGAUGACAUUCAACCCUCCUGUUGAAUCUUUAAACUUGAAAAAGAAGGAUAAAGUUUUACAAGGGGAUUCAUUUUUGGAUGAAGAUUUAAAUCAGCUAGUAAAAAGACAUUGUAAUGAAGUUGUUACUGAGCUGCCUCUGGAUUUCACCAAACAUUUGAAAACAUCUUUACAGUAGAAAAAAAAAUGAAGCAUUAGCGGACCUUCUUGUAUCUUUGUAUGUUUUUGCAGAUACAUUGUUAACUUAGGACCUUUUCUUUUUAUGCAAGAAAGAAUUCCUAAGAAUUAUUAACAGAGGAGGAAGAACUACCCUUUGCUUAGCACAGGGUUCUGCCCUAGUUGUGAAAAUGCCAUCUUGAUAAGAAAGAAUAAUUGAAAGCCACCCCUCUGAUGUUUGGAAGUUUUAUUACUAAUGGUAUUGCCUUUUUAAACUUUAAAUAUAUAUACUUAGUAUAUAUAUUAGUACUUAGUAUAUACUUAGUAUAUAUAUAUUUAAAGUUUUAGUGUUCAAAAAAAAUCUUUGAGGGAAUUUAAUUAAAUUUAAUUAAUUAAAUUAAUUGAGGUUUAAUUCAUCGCCUUGAAUCCAUGUUAAAGUCUAAACUCUGUAACUUAGAAAUUAGACUUUAAUAUGGAUUCAAGACUGUGUGGGGACAGUCUUUGAAGGAGUCAUUAAGCUAAUAUUAGGUCACUAUGGUGGGCCCCAAUCCAAUGUAUCUUUAUAAGAAGAAGAAAUUUGACACAGAUACAGAAAGAAGACUGUGUGAACACACAGAGAGGACAGCUAGCUAGAAGCCAAAUAGAAAGGCGUCAGAAGAAACAAAUCCUGCUGACACCUCGAUCUCCGAUUCCUGAUGUCCAGAAGUAUGGGCAAAUGCAUUUCUGGGUAUAAAGAAAUCUUUUAACAGAGUUUGUUAAAAUGCUAGAUUAAAAUGCUCAUGAACACAGAGCAAUCAAGGCUGAGACCACGCUUUACUGUUCUGUUACUCUUUAUAACCAGGAAUUAUGUGGCCAGGUGAGUCUUACUUUCAUUGUAUUACCAUAAGGGGAUGGGAGAAAAAUUCUACACUUGAUCGAGUUUAUUUUAUGAUGAUUUUUGAGAAAAGAAAACAUAGCUUGAGAUUGGAGUACAGGUUUGUUUGCUCUUGCUGGAUUACAUACUUCAAGAAGUAACAUAAUGACUUUUAAAAAAAGAAUGAGUUUUCAUUAUGGCUAUUUUGAAAGUAAGUUUGAGUGUCCCUUCAGAGAGCUUCUAUUUUUCUGGCAAGCUCUGGGGAGAGGUGGAGAAGAGUGGGCCCAGGUGGGAAGAUCAGUUGCAGACUUUACCAUUCUAUCUUAAAGAUAAAAGUUACUCACUGAAGGGCUUUUAUUUUCCUUUUUUUAAAAAGCAGCAUUUUAUAUAGCAGCUAUUGCCAUAUUCUAGGAAUGGCCUAUGAAGUAAAUGUUUUACUGACCAGUUAUAAAUAUUCUCUAUUGUAAAUACUUGAAUAAAAAACUUUUUUUCUUCUUAUGAUGUGAGAUUUUUAUAUAAAAUGCACAGAAGUUUACUAAACAGAGCUUUUUCUUUAGAGUUGUAGAAGCCAGUUCUGGGGAUACCAGCUUAACUGUGCACAUUAAUCUUUCAGCAUGUA